AACUAUUCACGUUACUCGCUUCAUCCAUUUCUCUCUGACUUUUCCCACAUUCCAAAAGAAACACAUGAUACAUACAUACACUACAUAUAUGAACUAACAUGCAACGACUUGCUAAACCUCGGACUUUACUUGUUGUCGUUGCUAUGGCUUCAAUUCUCUCUGUUUCUCUCUUCUUGUUAUUCUUCUUUGUUCAUCACAAAAAUAGCUCUGCCAAGCAAUUAUUCACCAUCCAACAAGCUUGUAACGCUACCAGAUUUCCCGAUUCAUGUCUCGCCUCUUUAUCCGCCGCCAAGCUCUCUUCCAACCCGGACCCGGUUCAAGUUAUUCAAGCGGCAAUAGCUGCGUCUCAGAAUAGUCUCAAAACGUCGGUUGAUAAGUUACGAGCUCUCCAGAGCGCUUCGACGGGGAAUUUUAAUCUUACUGAAAAUGUACGGCUGGGAUUAGAAGCGUUGACGUACUCGGAGUCGAGGAUUAAUUCAACGGCGGUGGCUGUGCCAGGUGGCAACAUCAGGACCGCGCGUGUGUUGAUGAGCGCGGGACUGGGUUACCAAGCGGGUUGUUUGUCGGGACUUGGUAAGUACAUUAAUGAUAGUACGAUGGUGAACGAGACCAUGUCGGUUUUAAAUUCUUCGAUAGGGAUUGCGAGUAACGCGCUUAGUAUGAUUCGGGCUUAUGGGUUGUUUGGGAACGAUACUGGGUCGUGGGUCGGCCCGAAGACCGAGAGGGAUGGGUUCUGGGAAGGUGGGUUCGGGUCGGAUAGUGGGUCAUGGAAUGUGGAGUUUCCCAAGGGGUUGGUGGCGAAUGUGACGGUGUGCAAGAGUGGCGCGUGUGAUUGUUUGACGGUUCAGGAGGCGGUUGACAAGGUGUUGGAUGAUAGUGAGGGGCGGUUUGUGAUUUGGAUCAAGGAAGGGGUUUACAAUGAAACGGUUCGGGUCGGGUUUAGGAAGAAGAACGUGGUCUUCUUGGGAGAUGGAAUGGGUAAAACUGUUAUUACCGGUUCCAUGAAUGUGGGUCAAUUUAAUGUGUCUACACGCAACUCGGCUACAGUCGGUGUAUUGGGUGAUGGUUUUUUGGCGAGCAAUCUCACAAUAGAGAACACUGCUGGUGCUGGUGCAAAUCAGGCAGUAGCAUUUGCAUCUGACAGCGAUCUUUCCAUAAUUGAGAAUUGUGAAUUUCUUGGACAUCAAGACACUCUUUAUGCUAAUGCACUACGUCAAUACUACAAAUCUUGCCACAUUGAAGGUACCGUGGAUUUUAUAUUUGGCAACGCUGUUUCAAUCUUUAAAGACUGCACCAUCCUAGUUCGACCUCGACAACUUAAUCCUGAAAAAGGUGAGCAAAAUGUUGUGGCAGCACAUAGCAGAACAGAUCCAGCUCAAUCAACCGGUUUUGUAUUCCAGGAUUGUGUGAUAAAUGGUACGGAUAAGUACAUGGAAUUGUAUUACAGCAAUCCAAAAGUACAUAAAAGCUUCCUUGGGCGGCCAUGGAAGGAGUUUUCAAGGGCAGUGUAUAUCAAUUGUGUGCUGGAGACCCUUAUUAAUCCUCAAGGGUGGUUGAUUUGGACCGGCGACUUUGCACUGCAAACACUAUAUUUUGGGGAAUUUAAUUCCACAGGGCCAGGUGCGAAUUCAUCUGCACGAGUGCCAUGGAGUAGCCAGAUACCGGCUGAUCACGUUGAAACAUAUUCUUUGCAUAAUUUUAUUCAAGUUGAUAACUCUAUCUCUAAAUGAUUGAAUCACUAAAGCUAUCAACCACAGGAGCUUACAAGUGAUCGUGUUUAUGUUAAUACUAAAAUAGGGCCUUUUUGGGAAAAAGCUUACAUUGAAAUUUGAAUAAAAAGCCUAUUGAAUUUGAGUUUGUA